UAAGAGCAAAUCGCCCAUUUAAAAGACAUGAGAAGCAAGAGUAUGAAGGUUGCAGCCAAGGACCACGAGGUAUCUCUUUGGACAUCAUCAUCCAAUUUCGACAAGGACAUAGUUAUAGAGCAGAGCGGAUAUAAGGAGCAUUUGCAAGGGUCUUAGAAAACAGUAUAUAUAGUCUGGCUGGUAGGGAAGAAGGAGAUCAUCGAAGAUAUAUAUUUGAAUUUCGGUUUCGUUUUUGUUGUUUUUGUUUUUUUUUUUUUGGGAAGAAAAAAAAGAACUUCCAUUAAAAAAAAAUGGGGUUUGCUCCCAAUAGCAUAGGGAAAUACAAGCUUGGCCGGACUAUUGGAGAAGGUACUUUUGCCAAGGUUAAGCUAGCUAUUGACAGCAACAAUGGGCAGUAUGUUGCGGCCAAGAUCAUCGAUAAGAAAAUGGUCACGGAAAGCGAUCUCAAGUGCCAGGUACAAAGAGAAAUAAGAACAAUGACGCUUCUGCAUCACCCCAACGUCGUGCGAAUACAUGAGGUUCUAGGCACAAAGACGAAAAUUUGCAUCGUAAUGGAAUACGUACCAGGAGGACAACUCACAGACAAGUUGUCUUAUGCCAAGAAGUUAGAGGAACGGGAAGCAAGAAAGCUUUUCCAGCAGUUGAUUGAUGCGGUGGACUAUUGCCAUGAUAAAGGGGUAUCUCACAGAGAUCUAAAGCCAGAAAACUUGCUUCUGGAUCAAAAAGGAAAUCUCAAAGUAUCUGAUUUUGGACUAAGUGCAAUGCGGAAGCCCGGUGACAUUCUAACCACAGCUUGUGGCUCCCCAAGCUAUGUAGCACCUGAGCUGCUGGUGAAUAAAGGUUACGAUGGAGCAGUUGCUGAUAUUUGGUCUUGUGGAGUAAUCCUGUUUGAAUUACUUGCCGGUCGCCUACCCUUUGAUGACAGUAACCUGAUAAACUUAUACAAGAAGAUAUGCAGAGCAGACUACACAUGUCCACAAUGGUUUACCGAAGACCAAAAGAAACUGCUCUCCAGAAUACUUGAUCCAAAUCCUAAAAGGCGAAUUACUAUAGCAGAGAUCGUAGAAGAUGAAUGGUUUCAAAAGGAUUAUGUGCCUUCUUGUGGAUAUGAAUGCAAUGAGAAAAUUCACUUGGACGAUGUUAAUGCUGCUUUUGAUUCAAUUGAGGAGACUGCUACUGAGGCAAACAUUCCCAAGUCCUCAAGUUUCAUCAAUGCCUUUCAGUUGAUAGCCAUGUCACAUGAUCUCAAUUUAUCGGGUCUCUUUGAAGAGAAGGAUGAAAAUAAGCAGGUGACAAGGCUUGGAUCCAAGCAUACAAUUCAUGAAACCAUGAAGAAAAUUGAAGCUGCAGCAAUGGAUGUGAGUUUGGCGGUAGAAAGAAAGAAAAACCAUAAGAUUAAGAUGCAUCCAAAACAGAAGAUGACUAGAUGGUCUAGAUCAUCUCUUGACAUAUCGGCAGAGGUGAUUGAGGUUGCUCCCACUGAUUGUGUAAUAAGUAUAUCAAAAUCUUCAGGGGAGCUUCAAGUGUACGAAGAGUUCUGCAAAAGUUUAUCAAGUCUGCUGACAGAGAAAUCGGAGAUUUCAUCACAAAUUAAAGAGCCGCAGGAAGUCACAGCAAAUAGCAAAAACAUCCAAGAGAGUGGAUGCUCUGAAGACAGUAAUUAUAAAGACCAUAAAAAAGAUCCCCGUGGCUAUUCAUCCUCGUGAUGAUUAGCUUGUCUAUGUCUCCAACAUUCUUCAGCCCAGGUUCCUGAUAGAUUCUCAAAGAAAGAUGUAAAGCACUUCACAUAGAACCAACGACUACAAGUUAAGGUCUCAAAGGAGAUACUGCCCAUGGUUAAGACUUUAUCAUCCACCAGAAAGCCAACACUGAGAUUUUCAGAGCUAUUUUCUUGUUCCAAGUUGUUUGUCGUUGCUCCUUUUCUCAUCUCCAUCUAUCAUGAACAUAUCUUGUUCAAACAUGUAUACCACAGGUUGGAACUCUUCAUUUCAUCUUUACUGAACGACGAAUGACAGAAAAAUGAAAAUUUUUGGGUGCCUCCGGUUUCCCACCCUGGGCCUAGUGA